UAAAGUUUCGGGAGCUUGUGCCGUCCCCUCUGGUUUUGUAGUUCGGCUCCAAAGAGACUAGUCCACCAUGACGAGCACAUAAAUUCUAAUGGGGAAGUCUCGCUUUCACUGGUGGUUCUUCCCUUAUCUGAGACGGACCUGCAGCUUUCGGAGGUGCCCUCUUUCAAACAGGAGUUUGAUCAUCGCGAGCGCGUGCGUCGUGUAUUUGUUGGUGUCGGUUUCCCAAAUCGGAUACUCCCAGCAGCAGCAGCGGCGGGACGGGAAGAUUGAGAAGGACAAGUACCGGCACACCCGUGGAUUGUAUCGUUUGGAUAUCACGGACUCUGUGGAUGUGGAGCCCGGCGCGGCGGGCUUUGCGGUCCCGACGCGCUCCAACGUGAUCUACAUCACGCUCAAGUCCAAGCGCCGGAAGCCAACACACAUUCGGGGCACAAUCAGACCAAAAGUGAGGAGGAAAGUGAGGAGGAAAAAGAACGAGGCUCAUUCAGCUUUUACGCAGAAUAAACGUGGCACUAUGGAGCGGCGCUCGGGCCAAACCCAGCGCAGCUUCGCAUCCAACACUUCCCGGGGAGGAACCGGGGAUGUUUAUUACAAAACGUUCGAAAUAAUCCCACAGGCAGACUUUCACAUAAGUUCCAUACGAAUAUACAGCCAGAAGGCACCGCCGUGGCUCAGCCCACAGGACGUGAAAGCCAUGCGCUUUCUGGCGGAUGCCAAAGUUUUGCGCAUCAAAGAAGUCUCUCGCGCGGACUCUUCUGCGUCACUUCUGGUAUUUGAGGGCGAGACGAGCGUUUCAACGGUCGACGUACAGCACGCACAGCGGAGUCGUGUGUGUGGGGGCCAGUGCGGGGUCAUCAGCAGCCCCGUGGACACCACGGAGGUCUUUGCUUUCCACCUGGACAGGGUGCUGGGGCUCAACAGGACAUUGCCAGCAGUGAGCAGAAGGUUCAGCUUCCUUCACGAUGGCCAGCCCUGUCCAGUGGUGUCAUGGGAUGCUUCUCUCUACCCAGAAGGCCGUGCUGCAGGCUGGUCCACCGUGAGGUUAACGUGGGGGGAGUACCAGAGCUCCCUGAAACAGAGGUGUUGGCAUAAGAACAUCAGCCCGAAGCCGGACUCCGGCUGCUCCACAGUGCACCACUACGAGUGGAGCAAGCUGGCUCUGUUUGACUUCCUGUUGCAGAUUCACAACCGUCUGGAUCAGAGCUGCUGUGGAUUCAGGGCCAGGGAGGAGGAUGUGUGUGUGGUGUUUGGUCACGGCGACGCAUGCGGGGACCACGUGCGACUGACACACAUCGUCCACAGGGGUCACGACCCCAGCCGCCUGGUCUUCACCAGCAACAAGGGCUUCUUCGACCGCAACGAGGACAACCUGGACUACAGGCUCCUGGAAGGAAUCAAAGAGCUCCCGGAGCCGGCGGUGUCGGUGCUGAAGAACAAGAGGCUGAGGGAGAAGCUCCUCCAGUCUCUGUUCCUGGACCAGACGUACUGGGAGAGCCAGGGCGGCCGGCCGGGCAUCGACAAGCUCAUCGGCGUGAUCGAGAGGCGGGCCGCGGUGCUCCUCACCUACGUCGACGCUCACGGGAUCAAAGCCAUCGCCAUGAACGCGUGACGAGAAGCGACCUUCGAUGAAUGUGACGCAGAUCGGCGGCUCGAUCUCCGGGAUUUACCCGAACGUCGUUUCUUAAAGAAACAGCGACGCGUCAGCUCGUGUUACGAGCCUCGUGCCGUUUGCCGGUUAUUUAAUAUCAACUAUACAAGAAGAUAAUGGUGUCGAGUAAAACUGGUGCUUAUCUUCAGGAACAUUUAAUUUUACCGUCAACCGUGGGAGAAAAUAAGAUUAAUGAACAAUUAUUUGUUUUUUUAUAUGUGUAACAAUAAAAAGAAUCACACUGCUAA